GCAAGAGGGUUAAAACUGUAGAUUGGAUUUCACCCCGGGAAAUCUAGCACGCCGAGUGAACUUGAAUCUUUGGCUAUUUAAGGAGGACUGGGUUUGUUGCGAAGUUGCGGUGAUCCGGCGCAGAGCCCCGUCCUGAUUGAUCGCAUCGCUGGGCUCAGAUGACUGUAAAAUGAAUAGAUGAAAUCCUCGCUUCUCGAAGAUUUUCUUGGGCAUCUCCGGGAAAGUGCGUUUUAAGGCGAAGUCAUGAUGUAUUCUCCCAUCUGUCUCACUCAGGAUGAAUUCCACCCAUUUAUUGAGGCACUUCUUCCACACGUCCGUGCAAUCGCCUAUACUUGGUUCAACCUGCAGGCUCGAAAACGCAAGUACUUUAAAAAGCAUGAGAAACGAAUGUCAAAGGAUGAGGAAAGAGCAGUCAAAGAUGAGCUGCUCAGCGAGAAGCCCGAAAUCAAACAGAAGUGGGCAUCCAGGCUCCUGGCCAAACUGCGCAAAGAUAUCCGCCAGGAGUACCGGGAGGACUUUGUGCUUACCGUGACUGGCAAGAAGCAUCCGUGCUGUGUCUUAUCCAACCCAGACCAGAAGGGUAAGAUUAGGAGGAUCGACUGCCUGCGACAGGCAGACAAAGUCUGGCGUCUGGAUCUAGUCAUGGUGAUCCUGUUCAAAGGCAUCCCUUUGGAGAGUACCGAUGGCGAGCGGCUCAUGAAGUCCCCACACUGCACAAACCCAGCACUUUGUGUCCAGCCACACCAUAUCACAGUAUCAGUUAAGGAACUUGACUUGUUUUUGGCAUACUACGUGCAGGAGCAAGAUUCUGGACAAUCAGGAAGUCCAAGCCACAAUGAUCCUGCCAAGAAUCCUCCAGGAUACCUUGAGGACAGUUUUGUAAAAUCCGGAGUCUUCAAUGUAUCAGAGCUUGUGAGGGUAUCCAGAACACCCAUAACCCAGGGAACUGGAGUCAACUUCCCAAUUGGAGAAAUCCCCAGCCAGCCAUACUAUCAUGACAUGAAUUCUGGUGUGAACCUGCAGAGGUCGCUGUCUUCUCCACCAAGCAGCAAAAGACCCAAAACUAUAUCCAUAGAUGAAAAUAUGGAGCCAAGUCCUACAGGAGAUUUUUACCCCUCUCCAAAUUCACCAGCUGCUGGAAGUCGAACAUGGCAUGAAAGAGAUCAAGAUAUGUCUUCUCCAACUACAAUGAAGAAGCCUGAGAAGCCACUAUUUAGCUCUACAUCUCCACAGGAUUCUUCCCCAAGAUUGAGCACUUUCCCCCAGCACCACCAUCCCGGAAUACCUGGAGUCGCGCACAGUGUCAUCUCAACUCGAACUCCACCUCCACCCUCACCGUUGCCAUUUCCAACGCAAGCUAUCCUUCCUCCAGCCCCAUCAAGCUACUUUUCUCAUCCAACAAUCAGAUAUCCUCCCCAUCUGAAUCCUCAGGAUACUCUGAAGAACUAUGUCCCUUCUUACGACCCAUCCAGUCCUCAAACCAGCCAGCCUAACAGCAGUGGUCAAGUAGUAGGGAAAGUGCCUGGCCAUUUCACUCCUGUCUUGGCACCCUCUCCCCAUCCCAGUGCAGUGCGACCUGUGACCCUGACCAUGACAGAUACUAAACCCAUCACUACAUCCACUGAAGGUGAGGCAGCUUCACCUACAGCAACCACCUACACAGCCUCAGGCACAUCUCAAGCCAAUCGAUAUGUGGGACUAAACCCAAGAGACCCAUCCUUCCUGCAUCAGCAACAGCUGAGGAUUUGUGACUGGACCAUGAAUCAAAACGGCAGGCAUUUAUACCCCAGUACCAGUGAGGAUACAUUGGGAAUUACUUGGCAAAGUCCUGGUACCUGGGCUAGCUUGGUUCCUUUCCAAGUGUCAAAUAGGACACCCAUCCUACCGGCAAAUGUCCAAAAUUAUGGUUUGAACAUAAUUGGAGAGCCUUUCCUUCAAGCAGAGACAAGCAACUGAGGGGAAAGAAACACAACGAUAGUAUAAGAAAAUUAGGGGAAAAACACUCAAAGCAAAGGAAAAGAAGAAGACUGGACAAAAGGGAGAAAGGAGAGAAACUGAAGAAAGAAGACGGUAGACCAGCAUUGCAGCACUUACAAUCACUAAUUCCCUUAAGGUUGAAACUAUAAUGACACGAAAGGGUCGAUGAUAUCUCACUGAUGCUAGACUGCAGCCCCUGCAACGUAGCCUUUGUUACAUGAAGUCCGCUGGGAAAUAGAUGUUCUGUCUCUAUGACAAUAUAUUUUAACUGACUUUCUAGAUGCCUUAAUAUUUGCAUGAUAAGCUAGUUUUCUUGGUUAGUAUUCUUGUUGUUUACGCAUGGAGUCACUAUUCCUGGUUAUCUCACCAACGAAGGCUAGGAGGCGGCGUCAGAGGUGCUGGGGACAGAGCCAUGAGCCAGCCAUUUUAUGAGCACUCUGAUUUCUUAAAGUUAAAAAAUAUAUAUAAAAUCUCUGUAGCCUUUAGUUAUCCAUACAGAUUUAUUAAAUUUUGGCCCUUAACCCAGCCUUUUCCAGUGUGUAACCCAGUUUGAAAUCUUAAAAAAGAAAAAAAAAGUGAAAAAUAGGAAAAAAAAAAAAAACAGUUUGAACUCAAAGGCUCUAUGGAAGAAAUGCCUCUAUGUGGGUAAAGUGUUACCUCUGCAUGCAACAGUAAAAAUUAAUAUAAUAUUUUCCCCACAAAAGAAACACUUAACAGAGGCAAGUGCAAUUUAUAAAUUUAUAUCUAAUGGGGAAUCGUGAUUAUAAGUCCUUUAGCCCUUGGACUCUAAAUUGAGGGGAUUAAAAAGAAUUUAAAAUAAUUUUGAGCGAAUUUAUUUUCCCCUCAGUUUUUGAGGGCAUUUAAAAAAGGCAUUAAAUCAAGACAAAUCAUGUGCUUGAAUGGAAAAAAAAUGAAUGAAAACACAGCACUUAGGUUGGCUUAGCUGCAGCCUCCUUGGAGGCAGAAUUAUUUAUUUAAAAUUACUGGUUGCAUCAAGAACCCAUAGGGUGUACAAAUGGUUCUAUAAAAUCUGUAUCGUAGAGACAAAGAGGCAGGUAAAUCCAUGUCACAAAGGUAAAGCUUCCAGUGUACAGGCUGGGAACGCCAGGGCAUAGGAUAGAAAAACACACUCUUCAGAGAAGUGCCAUCGGGGUGCUGGAAACGUGCACGGUGCUUUCAGACAUUAGCCUUGUUCAACACAUUUCUCGUAUUGACAGAUCUAUAGUGUGCAUGGGCAGACACAUGUUGCCUCUAUGUCUCUUAAAAUUUUAAUUAAAGUACUCUUUCCAGUAAUCCUAAUUUGCACGAAGAUAUAAUGUCCACAUUACGUGCCUUGCCUUGAAAUCUAAAAAACAAAAGACAAAAAAAAACCACAAAAGUGACAUCACUACACUUGUUUUGCUGCAUUUAUUAUCGUUUUAAAUCUUUACCAUUUUUAUGACAAAAUAUUUUGUACUCCAGACGAAGAAAAAUGUGUGACAUCAUGGAUUUUUUAGACAGUUACACCUUUAUCUCACAUUUAUAAAGCAUAUCAUGGCUGUGUAUAGUUGCCGCUUAAAAAUUGUAAUCGACCAGCAAUAUUUUCAGUAUUUUGGUGUUUUUCUAUUAACCUUUCAUGUUUUUCAUCUUCCAAUUAAUAUUUGGGGGGAGGGGUUUCAAAUUUAUACGAAUUAUGCAAUACCAAGUUUUGCCUAUGUAGGUAGUGCUUUUAGCUGUAUUGGUUAUUAUAGGUAAGUACACAGAUUUAAAAAGAAAUAAUGUAUGCUUUUUUGUUUGUUUGUUUAUUUGUUUGUUUGUUUUAAUUGACCAAAGUGGGUACUGCUAUUUUUGCAGUGUGAUGAGGUCCUUUUGUGUACUGAGAGAUGGACAGGGGAUUUUUUUUAAUAUACAUAUAUAUAUAUAUUCUGGGGUGGGGGGGAGGAUUUUUAACACUUUACAGUGUAGCUGUGAAGCAGUGCACCCUGAGACGGGCCUGGGCUGCAAAGCGACUGUUCUGCCUACUGUGACAAACUUCAACUUACACAGGUCCCCCCCCUCUCUACUUUCUCACCUGGGGUGCAAGCUGAACUCAUUUCUGGUUUUCAAGCUAAGAAAAUGGGAAGAAAAAGCAAGCACAGCGAAGCCUCCUAGAGGCAGACUUAGAAGAACUGCCCUGUCUCAUUUUAGUUGUUGAUAGUUUUUCCUGAAAGUUCCCAAUCCACAGUGGAAAGCGAGUCUGUCUCAUAUUUGGCAAAGACAUUUCUUGAAGUGCCCACAUAGCAGAUGUUGGCUGUUUCACACUUUUGAGUUUAACACAGGAAUAAGCUUUCUUCUACCAAACACAUUCGCCCAUCUGGAGAGAGGGCUCUCCUAUUCCUUCCCAUGACAGGAUAUGAUGUUGCUAUGACUUACUACUUCAAGUGGAUGGCAGCACACUUGGGAUUUUUGGUUUUUUGACAUCAGGAAGGUUGACCAGAGAGAGGGUUACUCUUAUUGAAUGUAUUUGGACUGGUAGAUUAAAAAAAUCAAAGUUCAGCUUUUAAAGAACAAAAAUGAGCAAAUCCUUUUAUUUUACCUGCCCUUGUAAACUGAAAACUAGAACAGAGAAAAAAUACAGAAUUUUAAGCAACUAAUUUUCCUGUGGAUGAAUUAAGCCUGUUUGAUAAUGAUGGAAGGAACUUCUUUUUAAGGGAUGGUACUUUAGAUAUAUAUUUGAGUUAAUUUCCCCUGAGGGCUAGAGGUAAAUGGGGGCCAAUUUUGUUUUGUCUCCCCAACCUGGUCCUGUUGAGUGUAUUCAUUACUCCAAGGAGUUCUUUCAGGGUUAGUGACACACACAGUAGGUUGUCAUGAGGCUCUCCAGACCCCAGAUCCCAUGCCAUAGCCUAAUAAAAUAAACUGUCAAAUGUAUGCCUAGCAGAUCAUUUAAUGAGUACUUUACAACAGUGCUCAUAGGCUUGACAAUUGUAUCUGACUAUUGAUGUCCAAAUGCUGGCUAGCAUAGUGGGAUUUAGACUCCAACAAAGUCCCACUGCAUCUGUGAUACUUGCUCUGUAGUUACCAAAUCCUCCCAGCCAAGCUCUUUAUGUAUUUCUGACCUAUUUGGUGAGGAAUGCAACCUUACAGGACACAGUAUUCUUUCCAGGCAGACUCCUCUCCUUGUUGCCAGUGAAUGAACAAGUCUUGCUAAACAACAUGGCGCACUGUAGCAUCCCUGCCUGCCUCUUGGGUACAGAGGCUUAGGGCAAGUGUUCCUUCUUUUUCUGAAUAAUUUUCCUUCUUUCCUUUUGAGAUAAACUUAUUAAAAAGCACUACUAUAGAUAAUCUCAAAUCCACUUUUAGCCUCCUAUUUUUUUUUAAACCAGGAAGUGUAUUCUGACGAAGGGCCCCACUUUUGCAGGUCUUGCACGCCCCUUCCUUACCCAGACUGCAGAGCUUCAGGAUGGUGAAGGUCACCCAAGGGCAUCUGUAGGGGGUGGUGUCUCCAGCCACCAACUUGUGGCACUGUCCAGCCUUUGUUGUAUUGCUUUGCAGCCCACCACUCACAGUGCCUCUGAAGUGUGUUUCCCCAGAGUGACGUGAGCAGUCAAGGCUUGCCUAAGGAAAAAAAAAAAAAAAAACCUGAGAGGCAGUGAAGGAGACUGUACAUAAAGACAUGGCAAAACCUUAAUUAUAGCAAUAUAGUUAUCGGGUAAUGUUCGGGUGGGCAGCUCCAUUAAAACGUAUGUGAAUGAAUCUGGGAAGCUGCGAGUAGCGAGAAGAACGAAGUCUUCGUAACGAACCGCCUACCUUGUAGACAGUAAUUUGUACACUGUAUAGUUUUGUUAAGAAUUUUUUUUAAAUUAAAAUUCCCAUGUUUGUAAAGCUAACUUUUUAACAAUUAUAAUGGAACUGUGUGUUGUUUCCAUUUUUAAAGUAAACAAGAAUAUUCCUUGUUUAGAGACUGGACUUGAGUUAAAACUCUCCAGGCUCUUAAGUUAUGUAUUAAAAAAAAAUCUGUCCAUGUUAGGAGAUAUUUCACAGAUUCCUGUGCUUGAAAAGCAUAGGACACUAAUCCUUUUAAAAAAGUGUAAAUGGAGAAAAGUUAUAUUUUAUGAAGGUUAUUUUGUUGUAUUUAGUAUUGGAAAGUUGGUUUUCAGAGCAUUUCAGAGUGUUGGAAGCACCGCUGUCCUUUAUUAGUAUAUAAGGCCUUUAGCAAACAUUUUUUUUUGUGUGUGAUUAUUCCAUGAUGGUAUUUAAGGUUAAGUUUCACAGAGCAUUCAGGAUAGGCAAAAAACAAAAAUAGUGCUAUGUCUCACAUAACGUGUCCUCAGGGAGCAGAAUCUUGGAUUUGUCACUUGUAGCUUCGUAAGGACUCAACGGAAGAGAUUGCACAGGAACAUCUUAACCAGCAAGCAGGGCAUGUUCUCUACCUAGACGCAGAUUCUAUGUACUGUGUGAAACAAUGAAGGCUGCAGAAAGUUCCCCAUUAUCAGUGGACAGUAUUCAUUCUCCAUGAAACAACUCUACAAUCUUGCUGGCAGAUAGGCCCCAAGCAUGACAUUCAAUAUAGUUUACAUGUUCCUGUCAAAGUCUUUUGUUAACAUUAACCAGCUGCAUGCUUCCUGGACUUUAAGAAUUGGGGUUUCUAUAUUAAUUUUUUUUAAUGUGCAGGCUAUUCAAGUUCCAUAAUAAAAACUCAAAAUUGAAUGUUCUACUCCAUGCUGAAGGAGCUGAAAGCUGCCUUCUUCAUAUUUUUGCACUUUUUGGUAGUUGCCCUGUUUUUUCUAAUUCCUUAAAAUUGUGUGGGUGGAGUGGAUCCCUGCACUUGGGGAAUAACAUGGACCACUGAUUUUGCCCUUUGACCCUGCACAAUGACCUUUGCAUCAGCCAAACUCAUUGCCAUGACAACUCUUUGUACUGUGUCGUGCCACAGAUCUGUUGGUCACAUUGUUAAUAGUAAAGGGGACAAGUUGGAGACGGUCAAUUUUUACAUUUUUUGUUGCAAUUUUUCUUCAAUGGUUGUAAGUAGUUUUUUUUUUAUGAUAAAAGGGUUCAGUAGUUAAUACUCUUUAGAAAUAUCUGUGUGUUGCAAUUCAAAUGUAUGUUGAGAUUGUGAAAAGCGCUUCAGUGGCACUAGCCUACGGGGACCCUAGAUUAAGCCUUUGAUAACUUUUAUUGCAUGAUACAGUACCAGUAACAAAAGGUGGCCUAAAUACAUGAAAAGCAGUGUAAGCUAGUGACACUAAAGCCAGUCUUGUAUUACUGUAUUUUUGACAGAAUGGUUUUGAAAACUGUGCUACAGGGACUGAUGUGGCAAAUAUAUCUCUUUAUGCAGAAGGAAGUCUUUUUUUUUAGAAAAAAAAAGAAGUAUGGCUUAUUAUGCAUUCUUCAUCAAGGGCAUUGAAGUUGCAUGGACUGAUAAAAGUUGAUGCAAAAUGAGAAAGAAACAAAAAAAAACAAAAAAAAAAACAAAAAACAAAAAAACCAGCAAAAUGUUUACCAAAAAACUCAAACAAAUGAGCAGUGCCUGUUCAAUUUCACAGUCUCUGUUGAGUUCAGUUGUAAAUAUGUUUCAAAUGACAUUUUCUUGGGAAAAAAAUCUCUACAACAUUGUGGAAUGUGAGGGGCAACUGUUUCCCAGGCCUAGGCUUCUCAAAGCUGCAUUAGAUUGUGUCUUCAUCAGGCUGUUAAUUUGUGCUUCUAUCACAGAGAACUUUGAGCAUCCUGGGAAGAGGUACCCCCACCUCAAUGAUAUUUCUCUGAGAACAACUUUUGUAGGACUGUGUGUUUCUUUAGAUACAUUUAGUACAACUGUAGGUGACGAGUAGUCAGUUAUUGCUUGCUAGCUACACACCAGGGUUGAUCCAUUUUAAAACUUUUGGCAUUUUUGUCCUCCUGGGCCGUAAAUACAGAACCCUGUGUUUUAAUUAGAUUUUUGAAAAAAGGAGGCACAUGCACAAUCUCCAUCUAACAAACCUGUAGCAGUGGGAUGUAUUAUAUGACAGUUACUUAAUUUCUGGAGUUCAGGCCUCUGGGAUGGGCCGCAGAGUGGGCCAGAAUGUUAGUGAAGGUUUUAUUGUGCCCAGUUGGAGGAUAACGUUCUUUGUGUACUUUUUGUGGGUCGCAAAUGAACUCAAUUGCCACAAGUUUUAAACUGGUGUAAAUCAAGCUUGACUUAAUGUGAUUGUUACUGUUAUAUCCAGCCUAUACUGCUAGCAGCUGCUCAUACUGCAGUCAAUUACUGGAAGCGGAUAUAUUUCCUAUGCAAAAACUGUUUAAACAAUAAAAUGAGCUAUGCUACAGA